AUGGCUGGGGUCCCUUCUUGUAUUAUUCGGUUCAUUUGCCAUAUUCCAACUGGAAUCCUCGGAUCUAGAGGGCUUGUCUAUCAAAAUGAUGCGCUAAAGCUGGGCGAUGGUCUCUUCAACUCCAUCCCAAACGGGCAUCAGUUUCGAGAAGGCCUACAAAUAGUAGGCAGAACGGGUUUGGCGACGUUCAUCUGGAAUUUCAUACUCUUCGUCCCAUCCGUUCUUUGCUCGGAAACGCAACUAGGGCUCAUUGGUAUGGUUGAUUUGCUAUUGGCAUUAGUUCUGAUUAUCGGGAUAUCAAAAGAGUCCAUGUAUCUGCCAAGAAGCUAUGCUCAAUGUGCCAACAUUGAACAUUGGAAGCUUGGAGAGGAUGGCAGGAACUAUUUCAUCGAGCUCACCACUCUGGAUGAAUAUGCUAAUGCUAAGCCGAGCGACCUAUGCCAUGAACUGGUCCAAAAUUGGGCCAUAGGCAUUGCAGUGAGUCAUGCUGGAACAAGAAGACGGUUCGAGAACCGCUCAGGUCUCAACAUAGGUCAAGUUGCCAAGCCUAUUGCAAUAAAUGCUUCUUCCUGGAUAUUUGCCGAUGGCACGGCCCCGACGCUUUGGCACUGGGCAAGCACAAACCCAGUUGUUCUUUGGCAGUCAAGGCUGGCCAUCCAGAAUUGGAGUCGCAGAAUGUAUCGAUGCAGAGCGUUACUAUUUGCCCACUUUGUGUGGACAGGUCGAGUGAAGAGCGAUGUGACAUGGCGGAAAAGCCUGGGGUUGUGGCUAUAG